GCGGGGCUUAGCUGAAGCAGCACGUGCAAAUGGCAGAAUGACAGGUUCACCGCUCGUGCUAAGAGCAAGUGGAUAUGUAGAAAGCCACUACGGUGUGGUUACCAUAAAAUGGUGGUCAUCGAUGCUUUUAUCAAUAUGUUUUAACAUGCUGCUUUAAUUUAUUGAAAAUAAUCAUGGCUCGACAGGAAAAGGGGUGAUCAGGAAAAGGUGAUGACUAAGCCCCUGGAGAAACAGGGACACCAGCAGUCAUCCCCCCAGAUGUUGGCUCCUGAUGGGGGUUGGGGAUGGGUUGUGGUCGGUGCUCUUUUCGUUGCUUCUGCCCUGGUCUUUGGGCUCAUCCGCAGUCUAGGCAUCUUUUUCGUAGAAUUUGUGCAGUACUUUGAUGAAAGUGCCCAAGCUGUAUCCUGGAUAACAUCCAUUGGGGUGGCAGUUCAACAGCUAUUCAGUCCAGUAGGUACAGCAGCAUGUAAUGUAUAUGGAGCUCGACCAGUUGUUAUGAUUGGGGGCUUCCUCUCAGGCCUAGGGUUUAUUUUGGCUUCCCAGGCAACAACUCUUUCACAUCUUUACCUGACCAUGGGACUCAUCUCAGGUUUAGGAUGGGCUUUGGUCUUCACCCCUAUUAUUGCAUCAGUAAUGCAGUAUUUCACCAUACGACGAUCUCUUGCCAUUGGCCUGGGCUUCACAGGCAUCGGUCUUGCCUCUUUCGCCUUCUCCCCACUGUUUCAGUACUUAGUAGAAGUGUACUCUUGGCGUGGAGCCUUGCUCAUUCUGGGAGGCCUAAGCUUCAACAUGAUUGCAUGCGGGGCUCUCAUUCGACCUAUAGGGAAUCCAAAAGUUAUUGUGAAGGCUGAAAACUCUUCCGUCAACAAGUGUUCUUCUCUAUGCUCCCGUUUCUAUGAAUGCUUUGAGAUCUCCCUGCUUUCACACCGUGGCUUCCUCACUUACACCCUGGCCAUCACCCUCUUCAAUGCAGGCUACUUUAUCCCAUACGUUCAUCUGGUUGCCCACAGUCGUCACAUCGGUUUCACUGAAUACCAGGCGGCAUUUGUGAUCUCUGUCACCGGUGUGGCAGACAUUGUGGGUCGCGUUGUAUCCGGGUGGGCCUCGGACCUCGGCAAAAUGCGGAUGCCCCACAUGCUGACAGUGUGGACUGGGUUACUGGGGAUAUUUCUGUUGCUCAUUCCUCUUGGUGUGACUUACCCAGGACUGUUGGUACUCGGCCUGGCUUAUGGGUUUUGUGCAGGAGCAAUGACCCCGCUCGCCUUUGCAGUGGUACCAGAGAUCGUAGGCAUGGAGCGAAUGCUAGGGGCCCUUGGUCUCCUGCAGCUUUUAGAGAGCGUUGGAGGGCUACUAGGAGCUCCGCUUUCUGGCUGGCUUAAGGACUCUACGGGGUCAUAUACUGCAUCUUUUGUGGUUGCUGGAAGUUUCCUUGUUUUAGGUACAUUAGUCACAUGGAGUCUUCCAAAUUUCUGGCUUUGUAAAAGUCCUUCACCUACAUCAUCAUCAUCAAAGAUAUCAUCUCAGGAUAACUCUCUGGAAGAUGGACUGCUCAAGCCAAAGCUGCCCACUGUUCCCGAGAGUCCCUUGGAUGAUAUACCUUGCUCAGAUUAGGAAGAGGUCUGGGGUGACCAACAUGGGACACAACCAGUGCAAGAAGAAGAAAAUAUAGCUGAUGCAAGAAGUGGCAGGAUUUUGUGAUAUUAGCAAAAUUGAAUAAGGCUACAACUGUUAUUAGGCAUUACUUCAAAUACACUAUGUUGCCAAAAGUUUUGAGACACCUGCCUUUAUAUGCACAUGAACCUAAUUGAAAUUCCAUUCUUAAUCCAUAGGGUUUAAUAUGGAGUUUGCAGCUAUAACAGCUUUAACUCUUCUUGGAAGACUUUCCACAAGGUGUUUAUGGGAAUCUUUGAUCAUUCUUCUAAAAGCACAUUUGUAAGGUCAGACAAUGAUGUUGGACUAGAAUGCCUUGCUCAUAGUCUCCGCUCUAAUUCAUCCCAAAGAUGUGCUAUUAGGUUGAGGUCAGGACUCUUUGUAGGCCAGUCAAGUUGCUCCACACCAAACUCGCUCAACCAUGUUUUUAUGGACCUUGCUUUGUGCACUGGUGCACAGUCAUUUUGGUGCACAUCCCUAAACUGUUCCCACAAAGUUGGAAGCAUGAAAUUGUCUAAAAUGUCUUGCUAUGAUGAAACAUUAAGAGUUCCUUUCACUGGAAGGGAUUGGAACAACUGAAUUCAAUGAUUUGGAGGGGUGUCCCAAAACUUUUGGUAAUAUAGUGUACGUGACCCUGCCUGUGAAAACCCAGCUGAAGUCAUUUUUUUAUGAUUUACUGUUUGCUACAUAAAAUCGUCCAACAUAAUGUAAAGAAUAUUCUGUGAAAAUAUAACCUUGAUAUCUGAGUAAGGCCAUGUCAAAGAUUAAAAUCAAUGUGAAAUUAAUGUCUGAAGUUGUACUUUAAUGCAUGUUAUCUCAAAAUUUGUUUUUUAGACUUUAGCCUGGUUUUCACAGGUAGGGUCACAUAUAAUAUUGGAGCGGGGCGGAAAAGUGCCUCAGUGGUUAGCACUUUCGUCUCACAGCAAGAAGCUAAAUGCUUUUCUGGUUAAACCAGAUUUGUUUAGGUGACAAAUUGCUAAACUUACUUUGGGUGUGUGUGUGAAUGUAACUGUGCACAUUAUAAAAUAGUUAUUUCCAUGAAUAUAGUCGGUAUAGACAUUGACAAGGUACCUCAGCAAAAGUAGUUUUCUACCUCAUUUUCAUUUUGAAACAGAAUGGAAACAACUUUGUAAGAUUUCACCAUUUGUAGAUUUUUGUGUAGCAUGGUAUAAUAUAAAUGUAAUAUAUAUCAGUGGUACUUGUCGGCAAGACAAUCUGAUGAAGGGCAGCCUUUUAGAGGGCAGCAGUUGGUUCAAGUUCAGUUUAUUUCUUGAGCACAUUUAAAAACAGUGGCAUACCAAAGUGCUUUACAAAAGAAAUCCUAAGAGACGCAAGAUAAACACAUAAAAAUAGGAACCUUUUUAUAAAUAAAAGAUGUCUUUUUAGACAGUCACUCGUCACAUGUUUAUUGUUAUUUGUAUAUGUUAUUGGUAGACUUUUUUUUUGGUAGGUAUUUUCAAACUUUAUGAUGCCAAGGACCCCCAAAUAUGAUGAACCUUUUGUGAGGGACCCCAUUCCUAAUAUAUUUAUAUAUGGUUCCCCUAAGCUUUUAGAGUGUAUUGUAUAACAAAAAUAUUAUUGGCUACAUUUUACAAUUUAUGUUUAGCCCACUGCAGCAUCCUAGCAGCCUUACAAGGAAUUCUGUCUUACAAACCCUGUAAGGAUAAAGGACACCAUAAUAAGAAAGAUACAAAGCAAAUAUAAAUUAUUCUUGAAUGUAUGAAGCCAGAAAUGCGAGAUAAAUACCUAUUAAAUUAACUGAACAAUU